UUUACCUUCAAUAAGAUUUCACAGUAGAUUGUUCAAACAUCAGUCAUUUUUCUUUCUACAAUAGCAAAAAUGAAUUUAGAAAAAAUUUUGAAUUAUUUGAAUUUAGAUUUAAGUUCAGGAACUGGCGGAUUAUCCUUAUUGAUUGCCACUCUAAUUCUUAUUAAUGUACUUCAGAAAUUAGUGAAAUGGUGUAUUAUUGGACGAAAAAAACCACCUGGUCCAUCUGGAUUUCCCAUCGUGGGGUACUUGCCUUUCUUAGGUAAAGAACCCCAUAAGACAUUUUGGAACUUGAGGAAAAAAUACGGAAAUAUAAUUGGGGUUCAACUGGGCUCCAAAUACACCGUUGUGCUGAACGACUACAGCACGAUGAAAGAAGUCCUCUGCCACCCUGCUGCUUUAAACAGAGCUCCAGAUCUCUUUGCAGGAAUAGGAGCUGAAGGAUUAUUUACCGCUAAUGGUGAAAGGUGGAUAGAACAAAGAAAAUACGUCAUGUCGACAGCGAGAGAUCUAGGCCUUGGAAAAGGUCGGUGGGAAGAUCUUAUAAUGGAAGAAAUACAGGUAUUUACAGAAAAACUCAAAGACUUGAAAGGACAACCUACUGAUAUCUAUCCCAUACUGAGCUACUCCCUCAUUUCAAACAUCGUUAUUUUGUUAACGGGUCGGCGAUUAACAGAUGUCGAUAAAAUUAAGCUCUGUCUGGAAUUCACAGACCUCGCAUUCAUAUUCACCAGCCCUUCAUUGGCCACAUCUUUAGUGCCCGGACUGAGAAAGUUCUGCGAGUUCUUCAGAAUAGCUGGCUAUGACAGAUAUUCAAAAGUCAACAAGAAGUUUGCAGAAUUUAUGAUAGAACAAAUCAAUUAUCAUAAAACUGUGCCAGAAUACAUGAACCAGAGAGACUUCAUCAAUUCAUAUUUAGAGACACUUUCUGAGAUGUCGAAAUCUGGAAGAAAAAAACACUACUUUUCAGAAACCGAGUUGAGAGGCCAUCUAACUGCUCUUCUGCUGGGUGGAAGUGAUACGAUUUUCAGCUCUUUAACAUGGUUAUUCCGACUGAUGUGCCAGCAUAAGGAUGUUCAAGAUAAGGUAUAUAAAGAGCUGAUUGAGGCCUUUGGAAAGGAUGGAAGAGCGAGAUAUGAUGAAAGGGAUAAGAUUCCUUACACAUUUGCAGUGAUCAUGGAAGGACAACGAUAUGGAAGCAUAGUUCCACUCAGUGGAACAAGAUUUGCAAGCCAAGAUAUACCUGUGAAAGGAUACGUUAUUCCAAAGAACACAGAAAUCUUUGCUAACCUCUGGGCUAUCCACUAUGAUCCAGCUUACUGGGAUGAACCAGAAGUAUUCAAGCCAGAAAGAUUCUUAUCAGCUGAUGGAACACAACUUGUUAAACCUUCUACACAUUAUGUACCCUUUUCCAUUGGAAGGAGAAAUUGUCCAGGUGAAACAAUAGCUCUGAUGGAAAUAUUGUUCUAUUUCACAGAAACAGUGAAACAUUUCGAAAUUUCCACCCCUCCAGGAGUCAAACCUGAAUUCGAAAUUGUGAAUGGAUUGGUUGCUCGCUUAGUACCGCAAGCACUAUGUUUCAAAGAGCGAAACAAUUGAAUCUUUUACUAUUGUCUCUGUAUGUAAUGUGAUUAAAUUAUCAGCAAUAUUA